AUGUGUCGGCCGGCUGCAGCGCUGUGCGCGGUGCUGUGCGCGUUUCUCUGCGCCACGCAUCUGUGUGGCGGGGAGAACCAGCAGCUCAAUCAGAGACCGGUCAUCGGUGUCUUGGCGCAGGAGAAUCUUCCAGGAGACCCGUUUGCUCACGGCUCGUCAUACAUCGCUGCCUCCUAUGUGAAAUACCUGGAGGGAGCCGGAGCGAGGGUUGUACCCAUCAGAAUCAACCGCACAGAGGAAGAAUAUGCUAAAAUCUUCUACUCAAUAAAUGGGUUGUUGCUGCCGGGAGGAGAUGUAGAUCUUCAAACGUCACAGUUCAGUCGCGCUGCCAAGAUCUUUUACGGCUUGGCUCUGAAGGCCAACGAUGGCGGGGAUUACUUCCCUGUGUGGGGAACCUGUCAGGGCUUCCAGCAGCUGUCUGUCCUCACAGCCAACAAAAACCUGCUCACCCUCACCGAUACCAAGGCUGUGGCUCUAGCUCUCACUCUGACACCAGCGGCCCAGUCCAGCCGUCUCUUCCGAAGUUUCCCCAAGGAUCUGCUGCAGUCUCUGGCCGAGGAAAACAUCACCUCCAACUUCCACAAAUGGAGUCUGUCUCUGCAGAACUACAGCCGAAAUUCCAAGCUGAAGAGGUUCUACAAGGUCCUGUCCACUAACAAUGAUGGGAAGAAGGAAUUCAUCUCCACCAUGGAAGCCUACCGCUACCCAUUUUAUGCAGUGCAGUGGCAUCCAGAGAAAAGCCCCUUUGAGUGGAUAGAUAAGCCGGGCAUGAUUCACUCCACCUCUGCUGUAAGAGCCUGCUUCUACACUGCCAGCUUCUUUGUCUCUGAAGCCAUGAAGAACCAGCACCAUUUCUCCAGUCCCGUGGAGGAAGAGCAAGCGCUCAUCUAUAACUUCUCUCCAGUCUACAGAGGCGCUCACGCCAUCUUUGUGCAGAACUAUUACUUUGAUUGACGAAACACAGUCUAGUCAGAAUCUGUCAUUAGUAAAACAAGUUUAAAACAAACUAGCUUAGCUAAGCUGAUUUGCACAGUAAUAUAAAAUACAGAGGUGCCAACAGGACAGUGAUGAAAUGAGGUGAUAAAUAACAAGAAAAAUAUAAAAAAGGGAUAUUACGAAAACGAAAGCAAAUACAAAGCUAUAUGUUGAUGAUGUGAUACUGUCUAUCCAGAUCACCUUAGAGUGUCUGAAUGGCCCAAACAGCAACAGUAGUAACAAUGUAGGGACUAUAUUCUACCUCCAGUUAUUCAGGUCCAAUAAUUAGAUUAAUUUAAAGUAAACAUGGAAAUAGUGAUAAACACUCGGUGAAGAAAAAUACAAUCUAAAUUCCAAAUAUCCAAUUGUCAGGGCAUCUUUUUUAUUUUGUCACAUGUUUAAUACACCAAUAAAAACAUUCCCUUGCUUUUAAAAUGCAUUACUGGACUCCUCUGCUGGUUUUUGACACUAUUUAAUUACAUCCGUCUCCUUAAAUCAAUAAAGCAGGGUUCAACAGACAAAACCACCCAGGGUACAAUCAUUUCCCAAAUCACUGUCAGUUCUGUUUUGUUUGUUCGUUUGUUUUGUUUUUUCCCUGUAGGCUUGUUUCUCCUUCUUUCCGGGGACAACGUAGUAGCUAAAAAUUGUCCGCUUAGCAUAUCAUUUUAGUUUUGUUUGCUG